AUGAUUGAGCUACAUAUGUCAUCUGGGCUUCCUUUACGAUUCAGUAGUAUAUUUUGGACCAACGCCGAAGUACAACUUGGCGAUAGAUACGCAUAUUUCCAAAGCGACGUCAUCAUCAAUGAGAACGGAAACGGACCUCAAGGUAUCAGCGUGAAAAUUGCUGCCCGGAGGGAUCAGACUGAAUUACAACCACGUCACGCUUACCGAAUUGAUGGCCCAGUCGCGGUCUGGGGUCCUCAUAACAAGCCGAUCCUCAUGGAGGACUUUCAAAACACUAUUGAAAUCAACCAUGCUGAAGUCCGCCCCAACUGUUUGGCCAACAAAGUGUUGGCGCAAGGUCUCGGUCGCAUAGUAGAAUGGUCUAGGAGGGAAACGAGUGGACUUCCCAUUGAAGUCAUCAAGGUUUUGCAUCGAUGUUGGAAUUCUACGCGAACGCAGCGCGUUGAUUUCCACGCAAACUACUUGCUGAACACCAACAUCACCUCGAAAUUCACCAUGGAUGCACUGAAUGUAGGCAACUUGAUCAGUUUGCGUGGACGUGUUGUGUCUUUUAUAGAUAUCCACCACAUAUGGGAGAUAGAGGCUACGGAGAUACCACUCAUUCUGACCUUCCCAAGAAUAAUUGAGGAUGACAUGUAG